ACUUGACGCGUCUCGAACACAUUCGAAGUUUCAGUUGUCGGGUUUCAACGCUUGCUAGCUUGAGUUGACUGUUUACCAUUAAUAUAUAUAUAUAUAAUAACGGCGAAUAUUAAACAUCUGGAAACGAACUAGCAGCUACUCUAGAGAACAGAACCACGCAUUGUUCAUCGUGUGCAUGAGCACCACCAUGGCUCAUGCAUUUAGCAGCAGCUCAGAGGCGGUUAUUCAACGCGUGGUCCAAGUUCCAAUGAAGACAAACUCUCCUUUAGAAGAACUGGAAAAAUUAUAUCACAUAGAUGCCACCUGUGACUUCGUCACUCAGCAUCAGUUUGAAAAGGUUGCUCUGCAGUUUCCUGACGAAUUGUUGGUGGAUUCUAUUGCAAUAGCAGCAGAGCUCGAGAGCAAAACCAAAGCCAAAGUGUUUAUAUUGGGGGACACGUCAUAUGGCAGCUGCUGUGUAGAUGAGGUAGCUGCAGAACAUGUCGGAGCUGACUGCAUCGUGCACUACGGCAACGCUUGCCUCAGCCCAUCCAAAAGGUUGCCUGUGAUGUACGUUUUUGAGAGAAGAGCAGUGGACCUGGAGAAAUGUUGCACCUCCUUCAGAACACUCUACCCUGACACACAACGUCACAUCGUCAUCCUCUGCAAUGUCAACUACGUCCAUGCUAUUAAUGACCUGCUGGCACUUCUGUCUCCAGAGUAUCCAAACCUUGUGGCCUCAGAAAUUGUAGUGGAAGGAGAGCAGUGUUACAGUCAUGGAGAGACGAUAAAACAGCACACCCCCACCUGUUCGUCAGACCAAGACCUCAGCCAGGUUCUCUGCCUGUUUGGAAGACGAUGCGCCUUGAAAAGUGGUUUAAGUAUUACUCAUUACAGCAUCUUUUACAUUGGCCAAGAGGGAGCAACACUGACAAACUUCAUGAUGACAUGGAAUCGCUGCUCCUUUUGUUCUUUUGACCCCAUAACCAUGGUCGGAAGGACAGAGUCUGCAAGUAUCAACCGGGCACUGAUGAAACGAAAUUAUGCUAUAGAACGAGCCAAAGACGCCGAUGUGGUGGGCAUCCUGGUCGGCACACUGGGCGUAGCUGACUACCUCGCCAUUAUCCAGCAGUUGAAAGAGACCAUCAGCAGAGCUGGAAAGAAGAGCUACCUGUUUGCCAUGGGGAAACUGAAUGUGGCCAAACUCGCCAACUUUCUUGAACUUGACAUUUUUGUGUUAAUUGCAUGUCCUGAGAACUCCCUGUUGGACUCUAGUGAGUUCUACAGACCUAUAGUAACGCCGUUUGAAAUGGAGAUUGCCUGCAACAAGAACAGGGAGUGGUCAGGGGACUACAUCACAGACUUCCGUCAUCUCCUGCCAGGUGGGCAAAGUCAUGUUCCUUGGGCUGAGCUGGAGGACUUUGAAGAGACAGACGUGUCAUUAAUCACAGGAGCUCUGAGAAGCCAUCACUUGGUGAACAGUGAUGCUGAAGAGUCUUCACAUAGUUCCUCACUGGUCCUUAGAAACCAGACGCUCACUGUGGCCACCGCCAACUCAGCCGCAUCUUUUUUGGUGAAUCGGAGUUGGCAAGGCUUGGAGCCGAAGCUGGGAGAGACUCCUGUGGUGAAGGCCGUAGAGGGCAAGCGAGGUAUAGCCAUUGCUUAUGAAGAGGAAGGAAUUCCAUCAUGAAAAUUGACCUAUAACCUCUAAGACUGACUAUUUAAUUAUAACUGCAGUCACAGGUGUUAAACCUACCACAUAUUUCUCAUAAUUAGUGAGAGCGGUAACUAUUAAAGAUAUUUCAGAAAUCUU